CUGAUCCGGAGAACGGCGGGCCAUGGGCUGCGUGAGGAAAACCGCACGUGAACGCGAGCUAUGUACUAUGACACCGUUGCACUGUGUGAGACGUUUAUUUUCUAACGGAGAUUUACAUUUGAUGCACCUGUAAUGUACAGCAGCAGUCAUUACUGCAGCAGCGAAAAACCGGACACUGUCAUUCCCAGAUAGUCCCUCGCGCGAGACAAAUGCCGCGUUCAAAACAACUGGAAACUCAGAAGAAGAAGAAAAAAAAAUAGGAGGUCAAAUAAUGACGUCAGUGAUCUUCAGAUCGGAGCUCCUGAAAUGUCCCGAGUUCACAAGUUGGAUGACCGUUCAAACCGAUUUUUCCCAGUCGUAGCUCGUCCCCCCCGAGUUCGCAGUUGUUUUGAACGCGGCAAAAGGCUCGUGGGUAGCUACAAGAUAGCUAAGAACGAAUUGGUUGUGUAACUUUUAUAAUGCAAUUUUUUUGUUUGGUACAAACCUGAUCCAAACUUCAGAAGAAAUACCCGUAGACGUUCGUUCUCCAUUUUUGAACUGGACAUCUCAUCCUGGUAACGUUACUCUGCUAUCGUCUUUUCCACUACCCUGAACAUCUCACCAGCCACUGUUGUUUAAUCGUUUUUGAUGCUGAUCUGCAACCUUCUUUCCCACUGUCCCAAAUAACACAACAACUACUGCUGUUAAUCGCUCGGUAAUAAACACAUUCAACAGCUGUACUUUAGACAUUUUGGGAAAAAGUACACUUCAGAUGCUCAUAAACAAAUCAACUGAAGGUAGUCGUAUUGACCGCGGGCGCAGAUAAUCACUUCCGGCACAAGGUUUUUGUAUUGCCCUUCAAAAUAGAAAAUAAAAACAUUGACGUAUUCAAUACAUAUGCGAAAAUAUUAUAAUUAAUAAUAUUGUUGUUAUGUACAACUUCCCUUUUAUGUUGAACGUUUUUUGAUUACAGGGAGUGACGUGUUUUGGUCUUCCACCAAAACUUCCGACGGGAAUUGUAAUGUAUUUUAAAAUGGCGUUACCCGCUGUCAGUCGUGCAUUCUUUUCUAAUAGGAAUCAAAUAAAACAAUUUAUGUCAGAGGGCUCCCGCAACCUGUCUUUAGAUAGUCGAGUUCAUGCGAGGACACAAUCAUUGAAAUGUCUGAAAAGGACGACUCUAUCGAAUGCUAUCCAUGCUACUGUGCACAGAAGGUCACCGCUAUACCGCAGCUGCGAAAGCAAUGGCGAUGAAAAUAGUCGUUCUACUAGUAACUGGACUUAUGCAAUGGGGAGUGUAAUUGCGUUCUCUCUCUUCAGCAAAGCUGAGGAGGACACCAGAACUGAUGCCCAGAAGAAAGAAGAUGAGAUUAUUUUACUUUUGAAGAGAGCCAAGCUCAGUAUGAUGCGGGGGCAGUUGCAUGGAGCCAAUGGAUUCCUCCACCAGGCCAUCAAGCUGGCCCACCAGACUAACAAUACACAAGCUAUCAUCUACACCUACAGCUUGAUGGCGAACCUUGCCUAUGUCCAAGGUCAGCUGGAUAAUGCAGAGAAACUGUUCAAAGUGGCCAUGAGUUUCAUGUUGUCCGGAGGAACACCACAGUCCUUGGUGCUGAUGAGUGACCUGGCCACCAUCCUGGACAUGCAGGGUCGCCACGACGAGGCUCUGCCCCUGGUGAAGCAGGCUGUGGAGCUGAGCAGAGAAGCCGGCCACCCUGACCAACAUGUGCUGCUGGGAAACAUGGCAGGCAUCCUACUGCACAAUGAUCUUUUUGAGGAGUCUGUGAAGCUGUACAAGGAGUCCCUGGCUCUGGCCCAGUCUGCAGGAGACGAAGAAGCACUGGAGCAGAUACAGGAGGGACUGAAAGAGGUGGCCAACAGGAGGAAAGCGCAGAAGGCAGAAGAAGCAGCCAAGAAUAAGACCGACUGACCGGUUGGAUCAACUAAACUAAUCUUAUUAACACAACCCCAAGCAAUCUCUCUGAACUCGUCUGACCACUCGGGUCCCUUCAGCACAGUGUUAGUACAAGUUAUGAAGUACAGGGCAUUUAGCUCAGAAAGAGAAGAARAAACACUCAAUAACAUCGCAACAGAUGAAUUGGAACGGUUUCUUACAAUGGGCAAUUAACAAUUUUAAUCUGUGAAACCCCAAUGAUGUUUUGUUUGUAUUGUGGGAAAUGUCACUCCUUCAAUGUGGUGUCUGUUUGUUGUCAGAUUGGCUUAAGAUGUAAGGGGAACACCUCAAGGCUUAAUUAAGUCCAUGGCCAGAAUUCAAUCAAAAGGUGUGUUGUUGACAGGUGUAAUUGCACUUGAUUUUUAAAUGACUUUAUAUUUACUUUGGCAUCUUCAGAGUUUGUCAUGAAUGCGAUCUCUCCACGAACGUUCGAAGGGGGAAAUGCCCCCGGUUACAAAGGCACAUUGUCGACAGAGCGAUUGAUGACAAUGUCUUGUUUGAAUUCCAUCCUGAAUGAUGGCGCCUUAGUCUGAUGACUUGCCAUUGCUGUCUGAAUCACUAUAAAUGACACUGUAAGAUAUGUAAAUGUUGUAUAUACAAAAUGUUUUAUGGGCUAGAAUGUGACAUAGGACUUAACUGGCAGCUUCAAGAGUGAAAGGCCUAAUCAAUAACCUUUGUGUGAACAGAGAUGGUGUAUAUAUAUAUUACAUACAGUGCAUUUGGAAAGAAUUCCCGACCCCUUGACUUUUUCACCAUUUUGAUAC